CAAAAAGCCCAAAGGACCAUAAAGCCCAAAGCUCAUUAAUUGUAACAGUGAUCUGAAACUUAGAUGAUUGAUUAGCUAGCUGGUGAAGUUUGGAUCUUUGGUAGAGAGAAGAAGAAGAAGAAGAUGUCGUUGGUGUGGCUAGAAGCAGCUCUACCUCUGGGGAUCAUCGGAGGGAUGCUGUGCAUCAUGGGAAACUCUCAGUACUACAUCCACAAAGCUUAUCAUGGCCGUCCGAAGCACAUAGGCCACGAUGAAUGGGAUGUCGCUAUGGAGAGACGCGACAAGAAAGUCGUCGAGAAAGCCGCAGCUCCUUCCUCAUGAUCUGAUCCCUCAGAUCCAGAACUAAGAUCUGGCAAUGAUGAGACAAAGAACCUGACAUUAAGAAUCUCCUGAUACAUCUACAGAUGUCAGAGUAAAUUAACAUUGUUGACAUGAAACUAUGCAUCAUAGCACAAGAAGACACAAAGCCAGGCUAUUCCACGUUUGACUCGAAACUUUUUGCCUACUAUGUUUCUCAGAGGUAGCUGCUGCAUGAGAACCAUAACGAGUCUUAUGAAGAACAACCAGGCGAGACAAUUCUGAAUGAAAAUAUGAAUGUUGUAACAUAAAUUAGCUUCUGUAGUAUAUAUAGGGCCUGCUUGCAAGUCAUAUUCUCAAGAAAAUACUUGAACCUCAAGGACACUACUACUAACAUUUGAAGAAUGGUAAACUCAAAGUUGAGAAUGUG